CAAGCACCGCGAUCGAAGAUCCACUGGGCGGCGAGGCGGUCAUCUCCGUUCGCAUGUUGGGCCCCGCCACGCCGGAAGGAGUGCGAGGUCAGGUCGGGGGUGGCUCCUGCCGGCUCGGCGACGCGCUUGAGCAUCCUGUUCACGUACGCCUGCACGCUGUCUUCGCCGCGCUUGACCUCACCGGUACGUGCCUCGGUUGGGGCUGGUGUUGAUGUUUCUUGA